AUGGGGAACGCAAAUUGUAAGAGCUGCAGAUCAGAUACUGUGAGAGAACCAGAGACAAUCAGACAGGCUCCUGUAAAGUUGCCGGCAAAAGAAACACAUGAUCUUCAUCAACAUGAAAAUAAUGUUGAUUCAGGCACUUCUUCCGCCUCAAUAAUCGAAGAAUUGCCUCCGACCCAGAAAACAGAGGAGCCCGAAGAGCCUAUCGGGGAAACUGGUAGCUUUGUGAUGAGGAAAGAAAACAUCGUUCCUGAUGUUGAGUCAGAGGCAGAAAGCAUAAUUGAGGAUGUAGCUGAUGUUCCUGUUGGAAUUCCAGAAGCCGAUAUCGUCGAAGAAGCUCCAGUUGAGGUUGAAGAAGCUGUUGAAGCAGGUGUUGAAGAGGUCGAUGUUGUUCCAGAAGAAGUUGAAGUUAUUUCCGUAAAGGAAGCUGAAAUUGAAGAAGUUGUCACCGAAGAUGUCGACGUCGUUGUCGAAGAAGUUGAGAUUGAGAAAGUUGUGGAAGAUGAGGUUGAAGUUGAUGAGGUACCUGUUGCUGAGCCAAUCAUUGAAAAUAUCACAGCUGUUGAAGAACAAGAUAAAGCUCAGGAAGUUACGGAAACACCAGCUGAAGUCGAAGUUUUGGAUGCAAAAAUAGAGUCUGAAAUGGAAGAAAUAAAUGAAGCUGUUACCGAAGCUAUAGAAACUCCAAUUACCGAUGACAUUGCUCCUGCAGUUGAAGAAAAAAUAGAAGAAGACGUUCCUGAGGAGCCCGCUGAAAUAAAGAUCGAUGAGACUCCGAUUGAAGAUGUUGCUACUGCUGUUGAAGAUACAGUUGUUGAAUCUGCUGUUGAAUCCGCUCCAAAAGAUGAAACAGUUGAUGAUCUUGUUGAAGCUCCAAUUGUUGAAGCAACGACUGAGGACGUGAUCGAAAAAGCUCCAGCUGAUGUAGCUUCAAUCGUAGAAACACCAGUUGUAUCUAUCGAGCCCGAGUCACUUGAAGAUCAAGUCGAAAAAAUCGCUGAAGAAGCAGCGACUGAUGAAAUCUUAAUUGAGUCUGCGGCAGAAGAAACCCCAGUUGAAGCUCCUGCUGAGGAAAGCAUAAAAGAAGAGCAAGCUGUUCUCCCAUCCGCCAGUGAAGCCCUCACUGAUCAUAUUGAGCCUGCUCCAGUUGAAACUUCAAUCGAAGAAUAUGCUGAAGACGUCCAAAUCGAUGAACCCAUAGUUGAAUCUCCAGAGCCAGAAAUCGCAGCUGAAGAAAUCAAAGUCGAGGAAGCCCUCGAAGACGUUGUUGAAGAGGUCGUUGUUGAAGAAGAGAUAAACGAAGACCCGAUUGAACCUUCAGUCGAAGAAAUAUCAGUUGAAUCUCCAGCUGAAGCAUCCCCAGUUGAAGAAGCGAAGAAAGGCGAAAUCGAAAGUGAAGAGGUAGUUGUUGAAGAAGAGAAAAAUGAAGACCAGGUUGAAACUUCAGUCGAAGAAUCACCAGAAGAAUCUGUAGCUGAAACAACCCCAGUUGAAGAAGCGAAGAAAGACGAAAUCAUAAUUGAAGAGGAAGCUGAGCUCGCUGCACCUCCAGCUGCUCCGACGGACAUCGCCUCAAUUGAAGAAACUUUGCCUGAAUCACCUGAAAUCGAAACAAAAGCAUCUCCAGUCGAAGAUAUCGAAGUAAUUGAAGAAGACGUUGCAGAGGAAUCUGUAAAAACUGAAAAUGAUUUAUCCGAAAAAGAUGAAACAAAAGAAGAGGUUCCAGAACCAGCCGAUGUUCUCGAAGAGAAACAGGAAACUAGCAUCAAGUCUGAUGAAAGUGACCAUGAAACUGAUGAAGACAAGAAGAGUGAAGAGUCACCCGAAAUUGAAGUUUCGAAAGAAAUUGACGAAAUACCUGACGAACCAGCGAUCGAAAUUCCUCUAGAGCAAGAUAAGAUAGAAGAGGAGUUGGAGGGAAAACCUGACGAAAGCCAUCAUGGAACCGAGUUAGAUGAAAAUCCUCCAAGCCCUGUCGUAUCAGAACAAGACGAAAAAGAAGUCAAAGAAACUGAAACAAAUGUUCUGGAGGUUGAAAAGCUAGCUGAAAAAAUUGAAGAGGUCGAAGCAGAGAAUUCCGCUGUUGAAAUUGUCGAGGAAGUACCAGUCGUUGCAGAGUCUCCUCUUCCAGAAACAGGCGAUCCUGAAGUCGAGCCUGAGGUCGAAAUUUCUCCAGAAGAAAAGCCCGCUGUUGAACCCGCUCCUGCUGAACCUGCUCCUGAAAUCAAGGAAGAGUCAUCGGCUUAUGAAGACAACCAAGACGACCUUGGAAUCCCUCCAUCUGAUAAUGACAUAACAUCCUCAGACAUCUACUAA